GAGUACGAUGCAUAAUAUAUAAACAAGAGUUCACAUCGACGAUAAAACAUUGUAGGAAUCUGAGUGUCUACUAGGAAAUAAACGUAAAGUUUAACUUGGAGUUAUAUAUCUCAUCAUCGCCAGCCAACUUUUGUCCAACUGUAACUUUAGUGAGGACUUUCUUCUACAUUUAACUGCAACGAUGUUCCACCUGCUCCUACUGUCGGCGAUCAUAGGAGGCAUUGAGGCAGCACCAGUGGCGCCUUCCCCCUGCACCCUCAGCAACGUGUUCUCAUAUACACAAACCGGAACUGUAACCUUCAUGGCAAGCGGAUCUUUCAAUAUUGUAGACCAAAAGCAACUGAUUGAUUAUGACUACACCAGGAAACUACAAAGGGUUAUCGUGGAAGCAGAGACAAAAGAUGUCUUGCGCAUCAUCUACAUGGACUUCGCUAAUAAAAUGGAGUACACUCAACAAGGGAUAAAUGGAACAUGUCGAGGGGUGGCGAAUAAUGCAACCAUGCAACCGCCCACUAUUCUGGGGACCGCCACAGUGGGGCCAAAAAUGGUAGUGGGUAAGGAUCAGAAAUCCCUCGUUAUUCAAUAUUACACGUACAUGUGGGAAGGCAUGCGGUAUUCAGUCGGAGUGAAUGACGACUGCAUACUGGUCACCGUAGAACUCAGGCAGAGUGUCCCCGGAGGAUUCGCCAACCUUAUUGACUUUGUUAUCUCUGAUUGGAAGAAUGAACUUAGGACACCAACAGCCGUUGAUAUUCCCGCCAAAUGCAAGGUAAUUGUGACAACGAUAUUUAUAUUAUUUUCAGUUAUUAUUUUUUAAAUUUAUAUAAGCUCUAGAAUGAAGACAGUUACAGCUAACAACAAUAAGACUUGGAAAGGUAUUCUGGGUAAAAACAUGUUUCUUCAAGAGCUAUAUUAACUGUUUGGUACCUACUUUUAAUACAUAGAAAUGCUCCUUGAAUUAUUGAUGACAUAGACCGUGGCUCUUGGAUUCCAAGUUAACGCGA